AUGCAGGAGAAAAGGCGCUUGGCUGGAAGCAUUCUGGAGCGAAGGAAUGUUAUGGAACAGUUUAACCCGGGGCUGCGAAAUUUAAUAAACCUAGGAAAAAAUUAUGAAAAAGCUGUUAAUGCUAUGAUCCUCGCAGGAAAAGCCUACUACGAUGGAGUGGCCAAGAUGGGGGAAAUUGCCACCGGGUCUCUGGUGUCCACCGAGCUGGGCCACGUCCUCAUAGAGAUCUCCAUCACCCACAAGAAGCUCAACGAGACUCUCGAUGAGAAUUUCAAAAAAUUCCAUAAAGAGAUUAUCCACGAGCUGGAAAAGAAAACAGAACUGGAUGUAAAAUACAUGAACGCAACUCUAAAAAGAUACCAAGCAGAACACAGGAAUAAAUUAGACUCUUUGGAGAAAUCUCAAGCUGAGUUGAAGAAGAUCAGAAGGAAAAGUCAAGGAGGACGAAAUGCACUAAAAUACGAACACAAAGAGAUCGAGUACGUAGAGACUGUUACUUCUCGCCAGAGCGAAAUCCAGAAAUUCAUUGCAGAUGGCUGCAAAGAAGCUCUGCUUGAGGAGAAAAGGCGCUUCUGUUUUCUAGUGGACAAACACUGCAGCUUUGCAAAUCACAUACACUAUUAUCACUUACAGUCUGCAGAAUUACUCAAUUCCAAACUGCCCAGGUGGCAGGAAACCUGUUGUGAUGCCACCAAAGUGCCAGAGAAAAUCAUGAACAUGAUAGAAGAAAUAAGGACUCCAAUCUCUACCCCUGUAGCCGGGACACCUCAGCCGUCACCCAUGAUUCAAAGAAGCAACAUGAUUGGGAAAGAUUAUGACACCCUUUCUAACCAUUCUCCAAAGAUGCCCCCAGCUCCUUCAGCCAGAGCGUAUACUAGUCCUCUGAUUGAUAUGUUCAAUAACCCAGCAACAGUUGCACAGAAUUCAGAAAAGAUAAAUAAUUCAACAGAUACCUCAGAGGACGCCAGUUUACAGCGUUCUGUUUCGGUCGCUUCUGGACUGAACCUGAUGAAAAAGCACAAAGUAAAGACCAUCUUCCCGCACACCGCGGGCACCAACAAGACCCUGCUCAGCUUUGCACAGGGAGAUGUCAUCACGCUGCUCAUCCCCGAGGAAAAGGACGGCUGGAUGUACGGGGAGCAUGAUGCCACCAAAGCGAGGGGUUGGUUCCCAUCGUCAUAUACAAAGUUAUUGGAAGAAAAUGCAAAGGAAUCGGUGGCCGCGCCUGCUCCAAGCCCUGCCCCGGUGAGGAGCGUCAGCACGGUGGACCUGACUGAGAAGAGCAGCGUGGUCAUCCCGCCCCCCGACUACCUGGAGUGCGUGUCCGCGGGAGCCGCUGCCGGUGGGAGAGCCGAUGCUGCGCAGAGCACGUCCACCUUCAGAGCGCCGGCGUCCAAACCAGAGGCCACGUCUCCUAGUGAUGCAAACGGGACCGCAAAGCCGCCCUUUCUCAGUGGAGAAAAUCCCUUUGCUACUGUGAAACUCCGACCAACAGUGACAAAUGAUCGAUCAGCACCGAUCAUUCGAUGA